AUGACUUCUCAUCGUGAUGGCCAUGGCGACCGCUCACAAGCCUUGAUCAAUUCUCGAAUGACACUUUACAAUCUACCCGAUGAAGUGAUUUCCAAGAUUUGUUCCUAUUUCUUUGCCAAACCAUUGUGUAUUUCAUAUCCAUUUCCUGCUCUGUCGUGUAUUUCAUGUUCCGAUUUCACCUCUUUAAUUUCUCUGAUUCAUACCAAUAGAAAGUUGAGAGAUUUAAUUCGAAAUAAUGUUGAUUUGUGGUCUCAAUGUUUGUUUAGAUAUCCUUGUUUCUUUAACAAUAAUUUGAAAAUGUUGAAACACAUGAUGAUUAAAUGUGAAAAAAAAUUUUCAAAUUUACAAGUACCAUCCUUUGAGAAGUGUAAAACAAUCGAAUCAUUUGAUACGUUCAAACGUGACAAUUACAUAUCUGAUGAUGAUAAAGACUUCAAUUAUGUCAUUGGAAAGACGAAAAAGGAUGAAGACUCAGAUACCGACACGAAAACCUGCCAGGAUCAUCAUUAUUGUGCGUGUGAAUCGCAAUUCUUGGACUAUUAUGCAGAUUUUGUGAAUGUUUUUUGUAAUACUCAAAACAUUGAUAUUCACUUUGAAGGAAUUGUUCCUCUUCCUGAAUUGUUGUACAAAACUUCUCCACCUUCAGACUUUAUGCUGAAAAAGUAUUGUGAAAGAUUUCCAAAUAUUCAAUAUUUAACUUUUACAGAUCAUCGAGAGAGAGUGGAAUGCAAUUAUUGGUUUCACAGAGAGAUGAACUUUUCUAAAAAUCUGUGGUGGUAUAAUCUGCAAGGAAUUUUGGUGGGCUAUUACGAAUUCCGAGCAUUGAAAUCAGCUUCAUUUCUCAAACCGAAUCAAAACUGGUUGCCCCUAUUUAAACCAAAGAAAGAAAGUGCACUGAAAUAUCUUCAACACUCAAUUUCACUUGGAAACGGUAAAUCUCACAUUUUAUUGAAAGAGUUACAGGAUUUUGAGAGAGAUCAUCCAAAUAUUAAGGUCACUUCUACUGUUUUUGGUUCAGAUAUCCAAUGUUUCUCAGUUAUUUAUAACUAUCUAAAAAGAGUGUCACUCACUAUUGGAGAUGUCACAGAGGAAGUGUGUUCUCUUAAGAACAUCAAGUUAUUGAAUCUUUCUUGGUUGGACAUCAUUUAUAAGCCUAACACUUCUGUAUCUCCUCUUCAGAUUGUGUUUGACAACGUGAAUGCUCCAAUGCUAGAAAGAUUUAAUUGCGAACAAUGUAGUUUGACAGUGAUCGAUACACAAUGUUUUCCCAGGCUUAAUAGUUUAACUCUUCACCAAUGCAAAUUUUCAAAACAGUUUUGGAUUGAUUCUCAUUGUGAUUCAUUGGAAAAAUUGAAUUUACACUUUGACUCAGGUGUGACAGAGUUAUCAGAUUAUUACUUUAACAAAUGUUUUAAAAAUUUUGAAGAGUUGACAAUUGAAAAUGGCGCAAAAAUUAUUGAACUUUGUGAUAUUCACACACUUAAACAUGUUCGAGUGACAGGCGUGGACGUGUUUGAUGCCAAUAAUUGUGGAAAAUCUGAAUUUGAUUUUCAAAAAGUGAAGUUGAGAACAUCAAUAAGCCAGCAACAUAUUGACAAAAUCUAUCUUUGCUCUUCACAAGAGUGUGUAAUUACCAUCUCUGCAACUGAAUGUGAGCAAUUGAACUUGUCGUACUAUGUGUCUUCAACCAGUAGCUCAUCAAAUAUUCACAGUGUGAACAUUGAGAAAAUUUCAACAUUGAUGAUCAACAUGAACACACGAAAUCAUUCCGACAUUGAAACAGCAUUCUCAAUGAUUCCCAGCUCGAGUGUUGUUGAAAAUCUUGAGUGGUCUUGCUAUAAUUCAAGUUCCAAAGACAGUGUUUCUCUCUUGUUGGAAUGUCUUCAGCGUUUUAAAUCUCUCAGGAAUUUGAAAUUGUCCAACUCCAAUUUCAAAAUCUUACACAACCUCAUUGAACAGUUGAAGACUUUGUGUUUACCCUAUCAUAUUGAAAAUAUUGAAUAUUCUGGCUCGUUUUGGUCCAAUGGAUCAUCGUGCUACUUUAGUUUGAGCAUUCCCUUUUCGAAUGAAAUGCAAUCACUCCUCACACAUAACGAUGACUCUAUUUCUUCAAUAAUGAAUCAUCCUUACUUGAUCAAAAAUGAUUUUAUGAGAGGUGUGUAUGAUCAAGAAUGUCAUAUCAUCACAAGUGCCUCCUUAAAGAAUUUAAAUGUUUAUGGCAGCGGAAAUGAACCUCAAUACUUUACAGAGCUUCCACAAAUACAGUUUGGGGACUUGCCCAAUUUACAAACUUUGAAAUUAGCUCACUUGAAAGUUGUGGAACGUUUACCAGCAAUGAAUCUCUUAACAGAAUUGAAAAUUUCAAAAUGUCAAGAGGUUUCUAUUAAUCUUUCAGCAUUUCCAUCAUUGCGUCAAUGCAUCAUUGAAAAUUGCAAAAAUUUAAGCAUCUCAUGCAUUGACAAUUACAAAUCCAAGUUGAAAUUUUUGCAAAUCAAAAACAUUCAAGAGUUGAAUGCUCAAUUAUCAGCACCAGAGAUGUUGCAGCCAGUUCGAGAGCUCGUUAUUAUCAAGAUUAAAACAAUCACCUCAAAUUCAAUAAUUAAUGUGAGCAAUAUGAGACCUCCUUUCCUUGCUGUUCUUCAUUUGGAUGAAAAGAAUAUUGUGCGACAAUAA